AUGUGGGCUCUUCGUCGAGCUUCCAUCCCUCUCAGGACCCGAGGGUUUAAAGUGAGAACUUCUUGUGUCAAAUUGGCGCGAACUAGUUGUGUGGAAGAAGAAAGUGGUAUCACUGAGUCUCAUGGAAUAACUUAUGGUGGAUUGCUGUUGCAGAAUACGGGUUUCCAUUCGGGGCAAAGUGCAUUCCUGAAUUUUACUGUGGGGAGACGCGAACUUUCUUCGAGUAGCACCAAAGAGGAUGAUGAUUUGGAGGAUGGGUUUUCCGAGCUGGAGACACCUGCUGGCGAUGGAAAUGAAAGUGACAAUCUGUUAGCUUCUGAUGCUGACCUAUCGGAUGACGAUGGUGACAAGAAGAAUGUCGAGGAGCCACACAACGAGGUUGAUGAGGCGGUCCAGCAGAAAGGUCGUGGAAGGGUUGAAUCGAAACUAUUCAAUGAGAUCGUGAAUGUGCCGGUUGUGUCUAUUCAUCUGGCUCUGGAGAAGUGGUUAGAAGAAGGGAAUGAACUAAAAAGAGAGGAGGUCUCACAAGCCAUGGUUUGUCUUCGAAGGCGAAAGAUGUUUGUGAAGGCUUUGAAGCUCUCAGAGUGGCUUGAAUCAAAAAAUCAGUUUGAGUUUAUUCAAAGAGAUUAUGCAAGUCGACUUGAUUUAAUUGCCAAAACUCGAGGCUUACAUAAGGCAGAGUUUUACAUUGAGAGUAUUCCAGAAUCUUGUAGCAGAGACAUAAUGUACGGGACUUUAUUGGCUAACUGUGUCAGUCAGAACAGUGUGAAGAAAGCAGAGGAAGUUUUCAAUAAAAUGAAGGAUUUGGGUAUUCCUGUGACAGUAUUUGCUUGCAAUCAGUUGCUACUUCUGUACAAGAGGAAUGACAAGAAGAAAAUAGCUGAUGUUUUGUUGUUGAUGGAAAAUGAGAAUAUCAAACCUUCUUCUCUUACUUACACAAUCUUAAUAGACACAAAGGGCCAGUCAAGAGAUAUUGAUGCCAUGGAUCAAAUUGUUGAUAGAAUGAAAGCUCAAGGCAUUGAACCAGACAUCAAAACACAGGCUGUUUUGGCUAGACAUUACAUCACGGCUGGACUUAAAGGUAAAGCUGAAACCUUACUGAAACAGAUGGAAGGUGAAAACUUAAAACAGGAUCGGUGGCUAUCCCACAUUUUGCUUCCUCUCUAUGCAAACCUAGGAAAGGUGGAUGAAGUGGGAAGAAUUUGGAAUGUCUGUGAGACAAAUCCUAGGUAUGACGAGUGUCUGGCGGCAAUUGAAGCUUGGGGAAAGUUGAAUAAAGUUGAUGAAGCAGAGAAAGUUUUUGAGGCAAUGAUAAAGAAAUGGAAGCUUUCUUCCAAGACAGUCUCUGUACUACUGAAGGUUUAUGCAAAUAAUAAGAUGCUAAUGAAGGGUAAGGAUCUUAUAAAGCGAAUGGGAGAUAGUGGGUGCCGAAUAGGCCCAUUGACCUGGGAUGCAAUAGUGAAACUUUAUGUCCGAGCCGGGGAAGUGGAGAAGGCAGACUCCGUUCUUCAGAAGGCUGCCCAGCAGAGCCAGAUGAAGCCAAUAUUUUCUACCUACCUUACUAUUUUGGAGCAGUAUGCCGAGAGGGGUGACAUCCAUAACGCAGAAAAGAUUUUCCUUAGAAUGAAACAAGCUGAUUAUCCAUCUAAACCAAAGAUGUACCAAGUUCUAAUGAACGCCUAUAUAAAUGCGAAGGUUCCAGCCUACGGGAUUAGGGACAGGUUAAGAGCUGACGACAUAUUGCCUAAUAGAGCUUUGGGAAACCUAUUGAUUCAAGUUGACGGAUUUAGGAAAAAUCCAGUCUUCGAUUUACUUGAUUGA